UAUUCUUGAACGCCCCCUCAUGCCACACCUAUAGUUCCAGCUUAUAAUAAUUAUAGUCUCGAGGCCAAACUCUCCUGGCCUCGAGACUAGCUAGAGUUAGAGGCUAGAGCAGAAGCUCGAUCCCAGGCCGCUCUUCAGGCCAGGCCUUGUGAAGGAGGCUAUAGAGAGAAGGCUGCCUGCACUGCACUGCACUGAAGGACUCUGGAGGCUCCCGACUUCUUCACUGCCACUGUAACUUACCAUGCCCAGUCACAAGUCUCCAAUUGCUACAUACACAAUUGAACAUGAGCAUGCAAAGAUAUAAGCAUCAGGGCAACUGAGAUGUUUGAGUGUAGACAAUUUAUUACGAGCUAGGGUAAUCGAGUAUAGGUUGAGUAGGUUGAAAUCAGUGAUGCAAACUUGCACGUAUCUUUUAGUAGAGUUCUAGCUGUAACUUUAUAAUUUGUUAUUGUCACACAUUAAUGUUAAUUUGACAAUGAACGGUAACUUCCACUAAAUGUGAGAUCAACAACGCUUCGACAAAAUGACAACACAUGUGUUCAAAUAACAAUCUACCAAUAUAAUAACAAAUAUUAAUAGUUAGAUAAACUAUAUUAAUAGUUAAAUAAACUAUGAUUUGUCGUUAUAACAAUAAUUGCAGGAAAUUGACAAACGUUUUGUCAAGAUAACAUUUUGUGCCGGUAGCAAACUGUGUCACAAUAACAAAAGUGUUUUUGCAGUGUACAUGAUUUAGAUGGCAUGAUAUAAUUUGCACACACUAUUAAAGUCUGACAUAAUAUAUAAUUAUUUAAUAUACAUUCAUUGUUUAUCUUAUUCCACUCUCUACAGAGAAGAUGUCUGACUAUCUCACAAUAGCAGAUCUAGGAGAUCUAUACAUAGCUACGUUUGAUGCUCGAAUCGAGUGGCGAAACUUCUUGCUGGUUCUUAAAAUACCUUCUGAUAAAAUCGACAGUAUUGGGAAAGAAUGGCGUGACGAUCCAAAGGAAUGCUAUCGGGAGGGUUUGAAAGAAUGGCUGAAAGGUGGUGAGAGAAGCUGGGAAAAUGUUGUCAAAGCUUUGUCAAGUCCUAUUGUGGGCCACAGUGACAUAGCCAGGACCAUCGAGAAAGAUCGUCUACAGUCUACUGAUGCAAGCAAUCCUACUGAUGUGAAGUCAGAGGUUUAUCAAAAUCGCCAGCUGAUCAACGACGAUUUGACCGUUUUCCUAGACAAGCCUCUCGGUAAAGGUGCAUUUGGAGCAGUCUUCAAAGGCAGCUACAAGGGCGAGAUAUGUGCAGUCAAACUUCUAAUUUAUGAGGCUGUAGAAAUGCAGACAGGUUUCCCAGCCGGUAAAAGUGAAGAAGCUAGCAAAGCAUUUGAUCGUGAAUGUGAGUUUCUCCAGUCACUCCAGCACCCAAACGUUGUUCUGUAUUUGUCGACAGCUAAGCACCCCAAAUCAGGGAGCACAAUCCUCGUUGUUGAGCUGAUGGAUUGCAAUCUGAGAUCCUAUUUCUCCGGCCUUGGUGAAGAGUCCCUCACUAGCAAAUGUGAAAUUAGCCUCUCCAAAGACAUUGCUUAUGGUCUGGCCUACAUUCACAGCAAGCAGAUUAUCCACCGUGACCUCUGUGGCGAUAACGUCUUGCUGAAGCUUACACGACCAGUGCCUGUCGCAAAGAUAUCCGACUUUGGCAUGUCACGGCUAUACGAUUCCUCCAAGCUUAGCCACACCCUCACAGCCAUUGGUCACCGUAUGGGGUAUCUACCUCUCGAGGCUAUUCGAUUGGACAAGGAGAAUUACGAUAAUAGCGUCGAUGUUUUUUCCCUUGGGGUGAUUAUGGUACAGAUUGUUCGCAAGCUGAAGACGGUCAAAUCUGUGGAAGAUCGAUUAGACCGUGUUGCCCAGAUCCCUCACACACACAGGUUGAGGAAGCUUAUCGACAGUUGCUUGCAAGAAGACAUGAGGAGGAGACCAUCUGCCAGGGACAUCUAUGCUUCACUGACAAGCGACUCUGACACAGUGGAGGCAACAAAGAGGGAGUCCAAGGACACUCAAGUAAAACUUUUACAUCAAGUAUCUGAGAAAGACACUCAUUCACAAGCAUCUAUCGAUCGGCUUCAAGCUGAGCAAGUUUAUGGACUAGAAGAAGUGACCACUCCUCAACAAGAACAGUUUGAAGUUCAACCCAGAGAAAUUGAUCAUCUAGUGAAGUCUCUACAGAUACAACCUCGGGAGGACACUCAACCAGAUAAUAACUUGACUGCAGAUGUUGACCUGACAAGUGGCUCGGACACAGUGGAGGCAACAAAGAGGGAGUCAAAGGACACUCAACCAGUCAAGAAGGCACACGGAGAGCAGAUUGGGCACAAAGAUGCUGAGCUGGUCAGGAGAGACGCCAUCAUUCAACAGCAGAGACUGGGUCCCCCUCCCAGAGAGUUGAGACCUCCACUCACUCUGAAAUGGAGAAGAGGAAAAGACAUGCCAAUCAAGAUGGGCAUCUCGGUACAGAGUGUUGUUAUCGGUGACACGGUGUAUGUUGGUGGAGGUACUGCAGUCAAUGAUCGUGACAAGUGUACAGUGAUGAAGCUCGAGCAAGAUCAAUGGACCAAACUACCAGAGUACACUGCCAAAUGGUUCGCUAUGACAUCACUCGCUAAUCGACUAGUGCUGGUGGGAGGAAUUGAUCCAAGAAACCUCAAACGCGCCAAUCAGCUUGCAGUAUUUGAAUCAGGGGAAUGGACUCACCCGUACCCACCAAUGAACAUUGCUCGUUCUUCCUCAACAGCUGUCUCCUUCAACAACCACAUCAUUGUAGCUGGUGGGCGUGAUAAUUACCGAUGUGCCAUCUCCUCUGUGGAGGUGUUGGACGUGGCAUCAAGAAGAUGGUACAUUGCUCAGUCACUACCUAACCCACGAUCAGUACUGAAAUCGACUCUCAUAGGAAACACCCUCUACCUAAUGGGAGGGUACGAUCACACUAGGGCAACCAAGACAGUGCACCACGUCGACCUCAAUGAACUCAUUGCAAAGGCCCUUUCCAACCUGGACACACCCACUCUCUGGCAGACCUUACAGGAAGUACCACUCGUGUGUUCAGCUCCUCUCAGUAUUGGGAGGUCACUAUUAGCCGUUGGUGGAGCGAACGACAGUUACAAGCCAAGUUCAUCGAUCCACCUCUACCAGCCUGACACCAGGAAGUGGGUGAAAGUAGGAGACCUGCUUACUGCACGAUCCUGUUGCACAUGCUCAGUACUUCCUAGUGGAGAGGUCAUUGUAGCCGGAGGACAGGCAAAUUCAUUUAUUUAUGCUCAAACUGUUUUCUUCUCUAUAAGUGCUAAUUAGUUAUUUUGUUAAUUGCUUCUCUUUAAUUGUGCGAUGAGUUUAUAACGAUAUUGAUAUAUUAUUUUUAUCGUGUUGAGUUGCAACAGAAUUUUAUCG